CAGCGAGGAGGAGGAGGGAGGGGGACAGACAUGGCCGACGAGGCAGAGGAAGUAAACACAGCUGGUGAGAAUAUCGACACAAAACAACAGUUAGAUGAGACUCAAGUUUCCACAGCGGAGCCCAAUGGCGCGUCCAGCGACAGCGACGGGCAGGACCACACAGAGAGUCCGGCUCCGACCGCGGCAGAGAGUAUCUGGUCGGCUCCCAUCCUGUCUCUGGCUCGGAAGGCCACGGAGACGAUUGGCAGCGGGAUUAACUACGCUGCUGCCCCGAGGAAACUCUCACAGGGAUUCGCCGCGAGCUCGCCAAAGGACAAGGAGCCCGAGAAUGGCGUCAGUGGCACCUCCAAAAGACUCCCGAUGUUGCCCUCUAAAGACCCCAUGGCAAUAGAAAGAGCCAACCUCCUCAGCAUGAUGAAGCUGAGCAUCAAAGUACUAAUCCAGUCCUCCCUAAAUCUGGGCAGGACACUGGACUCAGAGUAUCCUCCUCUUCAGCAGUUUUUUGUUGUGCUGGAGCACUGCCUGAAACACGGCCUGAAAGCUAAGAAGUCUUUCAUUGGUCAGAACAAGUCCAUAUGGGGCCCCUUGGAACUGGUUGAGAAGUUGUGUCCAGAGUCUGUUAACAUUGCCACAAGUGCUAGAGACCUGCCUGGCAUUAAGACCGGUUUGGGUAGAGCAAGGGCCUGGCUGCAUCUGGCGCUGAUGCAGAAGACCGUAGCUGACUAUAUAAAACUUUUACUGGACCGCAAGGACCUCCUGAGUGAGUUUUAUGACUCUGGAGCACUGAUGAUGGAGGAGGAGGGUGCAGUGAUGGGGGGACUGCUGGUGGGCCUCAAUGUAAUUGACGCAAACCUCUGCAUCAAAGGGGAGGAUCUUGAUUCUCAGGUCGGCGUCAUCGACUUCUCCCUUUACCUGAAGGAUCCAGUCAACAGUGAGACUCAAAAAGAUGAUACAAAGAUGACAGCCAUAUUGGAUCAGAAGCACUACAUUGAGGAGUUGAACCGUCACCUAAGCGGCACUGUCACUGACCUUCAGGCUAAGAUGGACUCUCUAGAGAAGACCAACAGCAAACUUGUAGAAGAGUUGACGGCAGCAACGGACAGAAUAAAUUCUCUGCGGGAAGAACAGGAACAACUAAGAAAAGAGAAUGAGACGAUCCUGCAGUCCAGCCAGAAAAAGGAGGAAGCAGCCCUUCAGGACAGCCAGGUGGAGCUGGAGACCUACAAACAGACUCGACAAGGUCUGGAUGAGAUGUACAAUGUGGUGUGGAAGCAGUACAAGGAGGAAAAGCGCAUUCGUCAGGAGCUGGAGCGUGAGUUGGAGCUGCAGGUGGGGUUAAAGCAGGAGAUGGAGGUGGCCAUGAAGUUGCUGGAGAAGGACACGCAUGAGAAACAGGACACACUGGUUGCCCUGCGUCUUCAGCUUGACCAAGUCAAGACGCUUAACCUGCAAAUGUUCCACAAAGUUCAGGACUCGCAACAUGAAGCGGAGAAAAAGCAGGCAGAGGCUGUUCAUCUUGAGCAGAAGAUGAAUGAAAUGGAGAAAACCACGAUGGAACUAGAGCAGAGACUACAAAACUCAGAACAGGCGCGCAAACAGAGCGACCAGUCGGACAAAGACAUGCGUGUAGAGCUGGAAGGAAAAGUGGAUGCUUUACAGGAACAACUGACUGAACUGGACACACUAAGACUGGGUUUGGAAAAGGAGCUGCGCAAUGAGAGGGAGCAGAGACAAAGUCUGCAAAAAUCUCUGCAGAGGGAACAGGACAACAGCAUGGAGCUCCGCACACAGCUGCAACAACUGCAGGGUCUGCACACGGAACUGCAGGAUUUGAAGCAGGAGAAGCAGCAGCUACAGCAGACGUGUGAGCAACAGGAACAGGCUUUACAGGAGAUGGGACUUCAUCUCAGCCAGUCAAAACUCAAGAUGGAGGACUUCAGGGAGGUCAACAAAGCCUUGAAGGGCCAUACAUGGCUGAAAGAUGAUGAAGCCACUCAAUGCAAACAAUGCCAGAAGGAGUUCUCCAUCGCACGCAGAAAGCAUCACUGCAGAAACUGUGGGGACAUCUACUGCAACAGCUGUUCCAGCAACGAGCUGGCGUUACCGUCGUACCCUCGUCCCGUGCGGGUGUGCGAUGUGUGCCACUCCCUCCUGCUACAGAGAAGCUCAUCCACAGGUUCAUGACAGAACACCGACAAGCUUAAAUGUUACUAAACACACUGCACGUGCUCAUCCUCUUUUUUAAAAGGAUGUUUGAAAAAUCAAAUCUUGGGGAAAUGUGAUUCCACUUCUAGUUACCUGAAAUUCAGGAUUCUGGGGCCGUGAUUAACGGGGUAUGAGCUCACAUGCAGACUUUGUUAGAGACUUUACUUUGCUCAAAUGUAAGUUUCUGAGUAUUUAUUUUUUUCUGGCUGGAAUAACAGUUUGAUAAUUUAGUACUCACCCCAUAAUCUGACAUUUUUAGAGUGGAUGUAGUUUAAUAGCUCAUGGUUACUAUUGGUUUUCAGUAGCUGAUUUGACAUUGAUUUUGCAUCUCAAUUUUUUUCAGUAGUGGUGCCACUGCCAGACACAUGCAAACAUUAUGUAAAAUGUAGAAUGUUAACAAAUUUGAAUUAUUUCAGAAUGUAUAACAGGGUUUUUGUGGAUUGUAUGAACUGCUACAAAGUCAUUUUCUUAAUUUGGGAAUCAUGACCAAAUUUUUUUUAUCGUAUUUGAUAAAAACAAAUAAAACCCUCCUUUGCAAUGCUUGUUUUCAAUUAGA